CGGCUCGGACUCGGCCACGUUCGGCCCGUUCCGUUUAUAUAUACGCGCGGGUGCGGGCAAUUUUUUUUCAUUCUUCCUUAACGUUUUCAGCGAGUGUGUCGUGUUGGUCAUCUCUCCCGAGUGUCUCUCUCCUUGUGUGUGUGUCAUCAACACCGAGUAGCAGCAGCAGCUAGAAGUGAACAGUAAAAGCUGCACUUCUAAACGACACGGUUCGGUGAAAAGCAAACGUUAGAAACAACCAGCCAAAAAACACACAGCAACAAUGGCCCUGCCGGAAGAAAACCCCGUCUACUCGCCCUUCUUCGGAGUGAUGGGCGCAGCAGCUGCUAUCAUUUUCAGCGCUCUCGGUGCUGCCUAUGGUACGGCCAAGUCCGGUACCGGUAUUGCCGCCAUGUCGGUGAUGCGUCCGGAGCUGAUCAUGAAGUCCAUCAUUCCCGUUGUCAUGGCGGGUAUCAUUGCCAUCUACGGUCUGGUCGUGGCUGUCCUCAUCGCCGGUUCCCUGGAUGAGCCAUCGAAAUACUCGCUGUACAAGGGCUUCAUCCAUCUCGGCGCUGGUUUGGCCGUCGGUUUCUCGGGAUUGGCAGCCGGUUUCGCCAUCGGUAUCGUCGGUGACGCUGGUGUCCGUGGUACUGCCCAGCAGCCGCGACUGUUCGUCGGCAUGAUCCUGAUCCUCAUUUUCGCCGAAGUGUUGGGUCUGUACGGUCUGAUCGUCGCCAUCUACCUGUACACGAAAUAAAUUAGCACCGCCAGUGCUAAUUCGUGCCACGGUGUCCCAUGGUGGUUGUGGCGCCGCACCGGCAGCGGUGGACACGACCGUAGACCCCGAGCAAACGCGUAGUCCUUUGGAAGCGAUGCGUAACAUGCAAUGCAACAACACCGUUACCACCACCACCACCAUCCUCAACAUCAUCAGCGGCGUCGCCAAUACGAAAAGGUACACUUAGGUCUACGUUCUCCACACACACAUAAGAACAGCAAUACCUCGUCACUACCACCGAUAGAGGCAACCGGUAGCAUAAGAUGCCCCGCUCCGACCCAUACCUUGGGACACCAUUUAGACUAUCAGCAAACCAGCAGCAGAGAAACCUGAUGGUGUGCAUUGCAUAACGAAACAAAACGAUGUUCAGAUGAAGAUCAACACCGAUCGCAGCGAAAAAAAACAAACAAACACACACACAGGUGCUGAACAUACAAUUCCUAAAAAAAAAACACAUAAUUUACAUCCUAGGGUAAAAGGAACAACAACAACAACACGUAAAUGUGACAACCCAACCAACACUAACAGGUCUGUCUCCCGCACACUGCCGGGGGUCGAAGCCGAAGAAGAUAAAGCAUUCCGACAUCCUUUGCAUAUACACAUAUAUAUUCGUCAUCUUCAUUUGCCUCUCUCCCCCCAUGGGGUUGCGCGGAAACAGUUAUUAAGCCUCAAUACAUACUGUACACACAGCAACGGGCUCAACCGAGAUCAGCGAGCUCGUUUGCCGGGUGGGAAAAUCCCCGCAACAGAGAAAACACGUUGUUGCCCCUUUUGGUCACCAUCCAUCUUCUGCCAAAACAGAGAAAAAGGCACGCCAGAGAGGCUGCACGCUGUUGGGGGUUGCGCGGGCAUACGUUGAAAUCUGAAACCAACUUCCGGAACUAAAGCAAAAGACUAUUUGUAUUUAUGUAAAAUAAUGUGUAUUUAAUUGUAAACCUAAUUUAUGUACAUGUAAAUUCUUCACACCCAACCUCACUCUCACUUCUACACACACGCACACACGGACGCGCGAACACAUUGGCACAAGUACAUACACCCCAGGGACCGAGUGCGUGUAGGGUAUAGCAGAUUGACGACAGGGAUCGCCACCACGACAUCAGGGGACAUACAGAGGGGCAGACAGGCACGCAGGGCAUUCGGAAGGAACGUAGCACAGCGCUUGAAGGCUUACGGGUUUUGAGGUGUAUUUGCUACCGUUUUCCUUUUUUGGUUUGUUGCUGUUUGUUCUGCAAUGAUGCACCUGAGAGAGACGGUUCCGUCUUCGCGCCCACAACGGGGGGCCGUCGAGCGAGCGUGGUUGUGUGUGUGUGUGUGUGUGCCGAAUGUUUUGGAGUCUGUGAUAAAAGCUUCCAUCACACGGCGCGAAACAUCAUCAGCAACGGUAGAAGGCAACAGUAACGCAGGAAACAACACACUAAGAGGGGGGAGUACACAUUAGCCACCAAACGACACGAGACAGACAGACGGAUUCUGAGAGAAUAAAGGUUUCCCCGUUUCUUUACGGUUUCACUGAAACACACCACACCAACCCAACGAAUGGCGCGUUUAACUAUCGUUUGACAAGCGAUUCCAUUACUGUUACGUUACGGAUGUGUGAUGUGGGAGUGUGGAUUGGUUUGCCAGCUGUAGAGAUAUGUAGACGCACGUUCGGGUAAAGAGAUAACCGGGGUCAAACCUUUGGGAAUGCGUUUCAACCACGUUUUUGCAAGAGUAUUAGCAAGUUUUUUGUUUUACGUCCCGGAACAAUUUCAAACCCCCCCCCUUUAACCCGAUAGAACGACUGGAAAGCCAGCGCGUGUGUGAUGAGUACAUCCAGUGGCAAAAGCGUAUGCGAAAGAGAGAGAGAGAGUGAGAGUGUGUGAAGGAAGAGGAUGAAGAUAAAGGACAAGUGCAUAUUAUUGAGCUUAAUUACCAGGGUUUUACGUUUAGCGUGCAACAUCAGAAGACACAACUAACAAUGAAUCCAAACACGGAAAAAAGGGAGCUAUGCAAACAAAGCAACCGGGGAGGGUCGCAAAACAACACCAACGUUUUACAGCAGCUAAACAAUUAGGGAGCAUAACAACAACAAAAAACACGGGCAGAAUUGGAAGGGAAAGCAAACUAUACAUCCAUCGAUGCGUUCGUUACACGAAACUCGCAGUAAUGUCGAUCAUUUAUCAUCAUAAUUCAGUACGGGAAAGAAUACAAUCGCGAGACGAGACAAUUUGCAAGUAAGCUAUAGGGAAGAGAGAAGAACACAUAACCAGCAUUAACAACAGAAUCAGCCCAACGAGAAGAUAGGAGAGGACGGUCCGAGGGUGACGGUCGAACACAACAUCCAGACCUCGCCCGGACUUCUGAUUAACGUUCACUGUAUGGCGCUAGGGGGGCUGUAAUUGUAGGGAGGAAUAGUUCUUACUUUACAUCCAGAUCUACCGACGGAACACACCCGAGAGUCGGUGAUCCGGUUGUCGAUUUUGCACAACAGAGAACAGAGAUUUAGCGAAAACCGUCAGAGGAGAGAGAAGACACAACACAUACGUACCGGAAGAUACCACCAACAUCCUUGAUAUCUUCUUUAGCGAGCGAGAGAGAGAGAGAGAGAGGAAGAACACACACGGUAUGGAUUCUCGUGAUGAAGUACCGUGUCCUGAAAAA